AUGAAUACCGCGCCGCCGCUUUCCGAGUCUCACUCGGGAAUGCGUGUUCUGCGCAUUCCCAGAUCUGACCAACCUGAAUCAUCCGUGCUCCUUCGUGUUGCUGGUUCCGACCGCUUUUCUUCUAGCCUAGACUUGAUUGCAACAGAAGGAGAAAAUCCGUUUACUCGGACGGUCCAGCGAGCCCAAUUGAAGGAAUUACGCACCAAGAACUACCACGGCAGUGAUGAGGAAUGGGCCCAAAUUGUCUGGUAUAUCUUUGGGCAAGCCGCAGAGUCUGUUGGCCACGUGGGAUCUUUCCAUGGCAUCGAAUCGUCGGCUACGAUCUGUGAGUCUGACAGCGCAUCCAAGGAAUUAGUCAUCAGCAUUCGUAAGAGAAUAGAAGGCAUCACUCAAAGGCUUGGGUCCGUGACCCUUAUGCAAAACGAUGAACAAGAAAUUCAACUUCUCGAUUGGUGCGGUACGGCAAUCGCUUGCUCGAAUGCCCUUGAACAACGCUGUCGUGCACUCCAAGAUCGUGCCUGCGCUGCUGAGCAUAUGGUUGAUCAGCUUAACGAUCAACUGCAGCAAUUAUUUGGUGCUAAGGAGCAACAUGAGGAGCAAUUAAUAGCAAACCUUGUCCGUUUGCUAAACGAGAAGAAGCUGAAAAUUCGCAACCAACAUAGGCUAUUAAAUACCGCAGAACCAGACCCCGAAACGGAUCCAAAUAUCCAGACGCCAAGCCCCCUUGAGCAUCAAGCUCGCUUCCAGCAGAACCCCCUGGGGAAGCGUCAUACUCGUGGCCCCGAAGACCGUGGAUCAGAAGGAAAAGCUGUUUCUGAAGUGGAAACGGACUCCGCAUCGGAUGAGAAAAGCUCCAGAGAAGUGGACGAGGGCACAGAAGGCAGCGUCAGUGACGGGGAAUUAUCGGCGCAAGAUGGUGUGGAGAAACAGCACAGCGUGGAUACUAAUAAAUCGUCUGCUUACCCUGUCUUUAACAACGUUGCUGCAACUCCUCCCCGGGCUGGCCUUUCAGCCACCGGUUGCCUAUCCGGAGAAGGUGCUCAGGGUGAUGCGGAAUCUGCAGGGGAGACGGAUGAUGAUGAAUUAUGA